AUGGUUGACACGCUCUCGCUCACAGGCAAGGUUGCCAUUAUCACCGGCUCAGCCAGGGAGACAGGCAUAGGUGCUGCCAUUGCGGCGGCCCUGGCACGCAAUGGAGCCUACGUGACCAUCGACCAUGUCUCUGACAGCAGUGCUGAGGCCGCAGCUCGUGUGGCCCAGAAAAUAUCCAACGAAGGAGGCAGGGUAACGGUGGUCCAGGCAGACGUUUCCACACCUGAAGGGGCGAAGAUGUUGGUUGACGAGACACUUGCGGCGUUUAACGUCGAUCACAUUGAUAUCCUAGUCAACAAUGCAGCCGCAGGUAUGCCUCAGAGUGUCCUACAGGCCACGCGUCAGUCCCUCGAAACCGUGUUCUCGACAAUUGUCUACGCACCGAUAUUUGUCGUGCAAGCCGCCGUCCCUUAUAUGCCUCGCGGCGGUCGCGUGAUCAACAUCGGCUCCGUUGCAUCAAAACUGGGAAUGGCCCCGGUGGCCAUUUACGGUGCUGCAAAAGCCGCAUCAGAUUCUUUGACAUACUCAAUGGCAAUGGAACUGGGUCGGAGCCACGGUAUCACCGUUAAUACAGUGUCUCCAGGACCUGUCAACACGGGUGUUUUGCCCAAGGAACAGGCGGAAAAGAUUGACGGAUUUCUCGUACCGAUGACGAGGGCGGAGGGGAGAGUUGGCACCACGGAGGAUAUUGCAGAUGCUACACUCCUGUUGGCUUCGGAAAAGAGUCGAUGGAUCACCGGACAAGUUAUCUCGGUGAGUGGCGGGAUCACGGGGAAUUAG